UCAAGUCUUUUUAUUUGCUUUUUUGUGUCUUGCAAGGGCGUAGGUGGGGAGGUGGGGUGAGGAUAGGCCUUCUACAGAGAUUAUAAUACCAGUUGAGCCUUUUUUUUUUUUUUUUUUUUUCCAGAAACCUACUAGCAGGAGAAUUAGAAAUACCCUACCCCUUUAAGAUUUUUCCAACUCUCUCCUAAGACAGUUGCUCUAGGACAGAGCCCCUCCGGUGGCGUCCUGGAGAGCAGUCUCCAAGCCCUGGAUUGAGCCCGUUCCAGGUCUGAGAAAUUUUUACACUACGGCCUCAUACCGGUGGUUCUGGUUUUUCAAGCGUGUAUGGAUCAGAGGGAACCUUGGACCCAUCCCUCCCACACACCAUCUUCAGUACACGCUUCUGGUUUUACUAAGUUUAGAUCGAGCAAAGACCCUGAGUACAGGCCUUGAGUCUUCGGCAAGUUCAGAAAUCCUGCAGACUUAUUUAACUGCUAAGUAAAAGCCCUGCCGGAUAAAGGCCAUCCCGGGGCACUCUGGCGCGCGCAGGGGUCACGGGUAGGCCGAGUGGUGGCAGCGCCCGCAGCGCGGAGGAAGUCUGGCUGCACUGGCAGGGUCUGUGUCGCCAUCAGCCUGCAGGGAUCUGAGGAACAGAUUGUUGGGGUAGAUCAGGAUUGAAAGACUGGUGGAAAUCCUGUGGUGAGUCCUUGAAGCCCACAGGGCCCCACGCCCAUAGAAGGUGGGUCCGGGAGGGUGGCUCGUGAAUGCGGAGAUAAAAGUAGGGCCAGAGAAAUUGGGUCAGACUGCACUUCACUCGAGGGGCCUGGAGGACUCUCGGCGUCUCCGGAGACAAGGGCACAACACGCACUUCAAAGUGAAGAGUUGUAAGGCGCUGAUCCGGAGCGGGAGGGCAGGCAGGAGUGGGAAGAGGGGCUCUCCAGCUGCGCUCGGCCCGGCACUCUGGCCUGCCACAAGCCUGGCGUCCAGCGAUAGAAACGGGAAUCGCUUUUCGUCAGUCCUAACCUCCCCCUUCGUGUGUCCUCUUGGGCUCGGCUGCGAAGCCAGACAACCUGGAUUGGAAAGUGGGGCGCAUCAAGGAGGGGAAGUUGCACCCCUGGGUGGCUGGAUGCAGUUGAAUUACCUAGGGAAGCCUUCUUUCGAUACUCAGGAUUAUCUUUUCUGCUGUUGACUCUCCCCAUCCGGCUAAAUGGAUCGCUCCGUUUAUUUCCACCCCAGUUCUUUGGGUACAAUGGAAUGUUCCAUUGCCCCUCCGGCCCGCUGUCCGCGUUGCAGGGGACGCUCGCCCUGUUGCCAGGGAAAGCCCCGGACGUGACGGCUUUGCGCGACCCCGAGCAGCCCUCCCCACCCCAUCCGUCAUCCCCCUGCGCGCUCUCCUUGUCCCCUUUCCCCCGUACCCCGUGGAUUCCAGACUAGGUACAAGUAAACAGCUGGCGGAACGAAGCCUCCAGACAGGCCAGGUGGGAGUUUCCACUCUGUGUGUCCUGGGCCGCUGUUCCCGGGCCUUUGCAGAUCCCGGAGUAGUGCAUGGCCGAGGUGAUGCUUAAGGAAGAUCCUGGGCCUUGGGACCAAGUCCCUUGAGCGCCAAGUUGGGGGCGGAACUUAGGGUGGGAGCAUGCCGGGGCUAUGGAGGCAGAGGCUUCCUUCGGCUUGGGCUUUGCUUCUCCUGCCGUUCCUGCCGCUGUUGAUACCCGCAGCUCCCGCAGCCCACCGCGGGUCCUACAAGCCAGUGAUCGUGGUGCACGGACUCUUCGACAGUUCAUACAGCUUCCGCCACCUGCUGGACUAUAUCAAUGAGACACACCCCGGGACUGUGGUGACAGUGCUUGAUCUCUUCGAUGGCAGAGAGAGCUUGCGGCCCUUGUGGGAACAGGUGCAAGGGUUCCGAGAGGCUGUGGUCCCCAUCAUGGAAAAGGCCCCUGAAGGGGUGCAUCUCAUCUGUUACUCCCAGGGAGGCCUGGUGUGCCGUGCUUUGCUGUCUGUCAUGGACGAGCACAACGUGGAUUCUUUCAUCUCCCUCUCCUCUCCACAGAUGGGACAGUAUGGAGACACGGACUAUUUGAAGUGGCUGUUCCCUACGUCCAUGCGGUCCAACCUUUAUCGGAUCUGCUAUAGUCCUUGGGGCCAGGAAUUUUCCAUUUGCAACUACUGGCAUGAUCCUCACCACGAUGACUUGUACCUCAAUGCCAGCAGCUUUCUGGCCCUCAUCAAUGGGGAAAGAGACCACCCCAAUGCCACUGCAUGGCGGAAGAACUUCCUUCGUGUGGGCCGUCUGGUGCUGAUUGGGGGUCCUGAUGAUGGAGUUAUUACUCCCUGGCAAUCUAGCUUCUUUGGUUUCUAUGAUGCCAACGAGACAGUCUUGGAGAUGGAGGAACAGCCGGUGUAUCUUCGAGAUUCUUUUGGGUUGAAGACUCUCCUGGCCCGGGGGGCCAUAGUAAGGUGUCCCAUGGCUGGCAUCUCUCACACCACCUGGCACUCCAACCGUACGCUCUAUGAGACGUGCAUUGAGCCGUGGCUCUCCUGAAGAUGUGCUCAGGGGUCUCCAGGAAUUCCCCAGCCCAGAGAUCAAGUGGUGGCCUUGGGAAGCAGAUGCCAGCCUCUGGCAUGCCUGUGAACCACCUUGUUGCUCCCACACUGCCCCACGCCCACCAGGGCUCCCUGAACCCUCCCCUCUGCUCCUCUGUGAAUGACAAGUCCUGGUCCCCUACCUCAUGUCCUCACCUGGGGACGGGCCCCACGCUCUCCCUUUCUGCCAUGGCUGAGUUGGGAAGGAAGCACCAGGUUUUUAACUGGCUUCUCCGCUGCUGCUGUUGCUUCUCCGGGUCUGGCUGUACCGGAGGAGAACCCAGCCCCUGCCCACCUCAGGGGUCUUCUUCCAGGCCACUCAGGACAUUUUUAGCUUCUGUUAUCCCCGUGUCCCUCUUUUCUCAACUUCCUUGUGGCCAGCCUCCCCACCAAGCGGGGUACCCGUAAGAGGGGGUUCUGAGGCUCCCCUAUGGGGACAGUUCCACUUUUGAAGUGUCAGUGUUGGGGAAUAUCUGUGGCCUGCAAGGCCCAUCUCAGGUUUGGGGAUCCCCCAGUCCCUAUGAUCAGUGUUGGGGUAUCCCCUGGGAGCCUAGGUUCUUUGAGGCCCCAGCCCUUCUUUUAACUACCCUUGAGCGGGUGGUCCCUGUAUUUAUAGAAAUAAACGUUCCAUUUCCUCAG